AUGCCUCUCAACCAGAUGGGCACGGACAGCAGUGUACAACAGGACACCAGCAUCAAAGCUACAGCCCUACUGAUGUGGCUCGACGACGCUCUCCAGAGAGGACUACUAGAUAGCCCUGCCUCGGACCUCCCGGCUUCCUUGGACCGAUCGAAUUUGGUUGCCAUUCUCGAUUUCUCCACCAUGGCCUCAAGCAAGAACAUCCCCAACUUCUCCACCAAGCACCUUUUAGUCGCCGCACUCGCUGCAUCGGCUGCUUGCAGUGUCCAGGCGGCUGGAAGUAACAGCUCCACUUCAGGUGACCAUGCCACGUUUGGUGAUAUCACGUCUGGCUCAGGCAAGUGUGUCACUGGUAACCCCAACAAGGGAGGAGUCACCCGUAACCAAGUGGACUGGGUCUGGGAGAACACCAUGUCCAAGUACAUCCCGGAUUUCAAGAACCUCAUCUUCGAUCAACUCGCAGCCAGCAACGGCAAGCUCAGCUAUUGUGUGCGCUGGGACAAUGAAAAGCCACUGACCAAGGCCACGGCGUCCAAGUUCCAGGCCGUGCUAGAAAAGCAGAUCAACCACUGGAACCGCUGGCUCGGCAUUUUAGAUGGUGAGGGUAGUCCCAAGUGCCCCGAUGAGUGCUACAAACACGGUCGCGGUGAUAAGAGCGGCUGCAAGGGUAAACCCUUCGACUUGACCCUUUGGCCGUCGACGUCAGCGGGGGAGAACGCAUUUGGUACGGGCGGUGACUGGGGCCAGCGCAUCGAAGUGAACCACUUUCUGGAGUAUUUGGAUAAGGAGCAGCAAAUGACCUUGCUGCACGAGAUUGGUCACGGUUUCGGCCUGCCGGAGAUGUACCUGGAUGAAAACAAGCCUUCGGGUUUCCCUACCUGCGUGAUGGACGAGGAUGCCGUGUUGACCGACGCCGAUGGUUGGCUGCUUCGUAGCAUUCUAGAGAACAUCAAGUCUCGUUACAACUUUUAA